CACGUCACGUCAUUGUUAUUGUCACGCUCCCGCAACGUCAUUUAAGUGAAAUACUAAACAUAUUGUAUUUGCAAAAGUUGAAUUUCUUUAAAUUAAAUAAUAUUAUAAGACAUUAUGGAAUCUGAAUCAGAAGUUAUCAAGGAAAAAAUUCAUACAGAGCCGAUAUUAAAUGACCCUAGAUACAUAACCUUAUUGAGUGUGAUUGUACUUAUUUUCACAUUUUUAUUCUGGUGGUGUUUCUCCCGUCGCCGCCAUCUGCGUAGAUCAGUUCUUCUCACAGGUUUGUCGGAUUCCGGUAAAACUUUGCUGUUUGUGAGGUUGGCAUACUCACAGUAUAGACAGACAUUUACUUCCAUGAGAGAAAAUGUUGAGGAUUAUUUCACUUCUAAUAAAACAUUGAAGAUUGUAGAUUUGCCAGGACAGGAGAGGCUAAGAAAUAAAUUUUUUGACCAGUACAAGAACAGUGCAAAGGGUAUUGUGUAUGUUGUUGACUCUGUGACCAUACAAAAGGAGAUACGAGAUGUUGCUGAAUAUUUGUAUACAAUUCUUUUGGACCCUGUUAUUCAGAGCAACUGCCCUCCUCUCCUGAUCCUAUGUAACAAACAGGAUCAACCAAUGGCAAAAGGAAGUCAGGUUAUAAAGAGCUUACUGGAAAAAGAACUUAAUUUGGUACGUGUGACAAAAUCCAAUCAGUUGCAAUCAGUAGACUCGAACCAGUCAACCAGUUCUGCAUACCUCGGCAAACUUGGCAAAGACUUUGAGUUCUCUCAUCUCGGCUGUCGUGUUGAUAUAGCCGAGUGCUCGGCUAACACGGCCGAUGAUGACAACCCUACUGACAUAAAGGCUCUACAAGACUGGAUCUCAAAACUUUAGAUGUUAAGUUUGUUUUGCAUUUAAAAAAAAAUAUUUUGCUUAUACUCUAUGUAAAUUUAAAAGUCUGAACAAAUUCGGCGUUGUAUUUUGCUAUUUGAAUUAAUAAAAUAUUAUCAAGUUA